GUCAACGGCUGUCAUGCAGUUAUAAGUCAUGGAGAAGAAGGAAAUCGAUGCCUUGAAUAUAUAUCCAAACAAGUCGAAUAAAAUCGAUGUACUGACUCCGCACAAGAUAAUAGUUGUAUUUCUGGUACAAGAAUAUGUGAACUUGAAAUGCAAACUGUUGAGCGAUGCUUCCAGUCAGAACAUUUCCUAUCCGGCCAAAUAUCGUCGGAAAUUUACAUUGCUGCUGCUGAAGCUAAUACAAUAUCCCGACCUGCCGUACAUGGAUCUACACAAUUUGUUGACCUCAAAGCAAUUUGGUUUGUCGAAGGAGCAUUUGGAAUCGUUCGAAAGUUUAAUGGAAAUGCUAAAUGACAACGGCGUCGAAAUUCUAUUGGAUCUGCAGAAGUUCGUCGAAAAGAUGAUGAGCGAGAAUGUCGGCAUCAAUCAGUUCGGAAUUCUAAUAUUGUACAUUCGCCGCAUCGUCAUGCUGUUGGACCGAUUAACGUUCGAUGAUAUGAUGAAAUUGUUCAAAGACAUCAAAAUGUAUUAUGAAAAGGGCAUGCGAGGUUUACUGAUUGCACCCAGUUCAAACAUCACCGAAAUGACCGACGACAAUCCGAUAUUGAUGAAAACCAGCCAGAGUAAGUGGUCGAUGAAACAGGCGGAUUUUUUUGUGUCACAACAGUGCCAUUUAUUGGAAAAUAAUGAACGGCGAGCGUUGAGUCCCAUCGAUUUGCAAAAUAAAUUGAAAGAAGUCAUCCAGGACAAUCCGUUGCAUUCACAAGCACACAUCCUUAGCUACAUGAACAAUCUGCGUGUACGAGACUAUCUGAACUCUCUGGAGGCAUUCCAUCGGGCGUUCGAUCGCAGCGCUGUUAAGUCGCACAAUCCACCAGAAACGAAGGGUUUCCAGUAUUCCAGUUUGAAUUUGUCUAUAAUGCACGCACAGUUCGGGAACAAUAAAGAGGCGCUGGCUAGCUUAAAGGAAUGCAUUAUGCUGGCACAAGAAGUCGGCGAUCAGGUGUGUCUGCAACUGGCUCAGUCAUGGUUGUGUUUGUUGGACAAAAGCAACAUUCAAUUGAACAUGCAAUCGUGCGAACGAAACAUUUCCAAUCAAACUGAGCUCACCCUAGUUCACUCCGUCUCGUUGGGCAUGCAGUUUGUCGUAAAUGUUGCUGCGAUUUCCGGCUUUUUACCGUCGAAAUUGUUCGAGUUACUGAUGAAGAGCGAAGUGAUCAACUUCCAGCACACACUAAUGGAUCUGAUAACGAAUUGCAUAGCACAAAAGGCAGCCGUUUGGACAAUGUACGGGAAAAAUGAAAUGGCAUCGCUAUGCAGUCAGUUACUGUUGCAGGCCGUACGAACACAUGCGAAACGAGAGAACGACAGUAUGGAAAAUUGCGAAGCAAUUUGUCACUCAUUGUGUUGCAUAGCACUGUGGCUGGCCGUUCAAGGUGAAUUUUCGCUGAGCUCUGUCGUUUUAUAUCACACCCAGAAUCGCUUUCCACGGGAUCCAAUGUCUCGCUACUGGAUGAUCUGUGACGGAUACAUCACAGCACUCAGUGCUAUCUAUCAACAUCAAUGGGAUGUUGCGUCGAAAGCUUGCUCGAAAGUGUAUACAUUGGAUAGGAAUGUGAGUCUGUUGCAACGAGCUAGAUUAAACAUUGCCCGAAGGAAUCUGACUGGAGCUAGAAAAAUUUUGGAAAAUCUCUUGACCGACGACGUGCUGGAGCCCUUGAAUCGGGUCAGAGCCAUGAUUUUGUUGGCAAAUACGAAAAUGAAUGGCAACAGUGUAUCAGCUGAUGUGGUGACCAUUCUCAAGGAAGCCCUGAUCUAUGCCAAUGCCAAGUAUUUCUCCUACGAAGCGGCUAUUGUUGAUGUAAAUUUCGCGUUCGUCCUGCUCAAUACGGGAAUGCCGACUCAAGCGCUAAAAACUAUAACCGGAUGUAUGGACACUGUAUUGGCAAAUGGUGGAUUGUACGACACGGCAAAGACAAUGUUUUUGUUUGUUAAGUGCUUAAUUGCGGCCGAACCGGACGCCGACCGCAAAUUGUCGAAGAUGAACAGAUGCAAGGACAUUCUGGAGGAGACCGUGGAAAAGUUCACGAAAUUGGGAUGCUACGCGAAAGUGAUGGACGUGUACAUCUACUUAGCUCAAUUCUAUAAUGAAGCUCAACAGUUUAGUGAGCGAAACAAAUUUGCGAUGCAGUUUCGAUUGUUAGAGAGUAAGCACCCGAUACCGUUGGAGUAUUUAAAUGUUUUCUUUUGAUGGAAUCGAUUGAAAUGAAUUUUGAUUUU